CCUCUUCGUGCGCCGCUACGCCCACCGCUGGGGCAGGGCGGGUUCCGCGGCGGGCGGAGGAGGGGAAGCAGCGCCUGGCCCGACCUGGCCGGCGGAGGAAGGGGGCUGGCCGAGAAGGGAGUUUCCUGGCCCAGGCGAGGAGCACAGCAAACAACUCAAGUCCUUGCAAGGAGCCGCACGGCUCGUCUGCCGCUGUGCCCCACCCGCCCCGGACAAAAAGAGGGAAAAGAAAGUAGCCACCGCCUGUCGCCGCCGCCUUCCCGCUCGCCACCGCACCGGCAACAGCAGCAGCCUUGCCCCCUGCUCCUCCGCGGGCGCACUCAGCCAGCAGCCUCCGCCGCCCCCAGCCACCCCGAGAUGGCCCCCGCCGCAGCCCGCCAGGGGGGCUCGCUCUGCAGAACCGCCUGUCUGCAGCUCCUCUUCGGCCUCUUGGUAUUGAGUUUAUUUUGUGAAGCUUGCAAGAAAGUCACUUUUAAUGUUCCUUCUAAAUUAGAGGCUGGAACAUUAGUUGGCAGAGUAAAUCUGAAAGAGUGCCUUAAGUCCACAGAACAUCUCAGUUCAAGCGAUCCUGACUUUAGAAUUCUAGAAGAUGGUUCUGUGUAUACAACAAAUAUCAUUUCUUUAUCUUCUGAAAAAAAGACUUUUACCAUAUUACUCAAGGACAUUCAAAGACAUGAAGAAAAGAAGAUACAUGUCAAUUUGCUAGCUCAUCAAAAAAAGACACCUAAGACAAGACAUACUAGAGAUACAGUCCUCAGGCGAACCAAAAGAAGGUGGGCUCCUCUCCCAUCCUCUAUGAUGGAGAACUCUCUUGGACCUUUUCCAAUGCAAAUUCAACAGGUCCAGUCUGACACAGCCCAAAACUACGUCAUUCAUUACUCUGCAGCUGGUCCUGGAAUUGAUCAAGAUCCAAAGGGUUUGUUUUAUAUAGAGAGAGAAACUGGGAAUAUUUUUGCUACUGGCCCAGUAGACCGUGAACAGUUUCCAAGCUUUACGAUAAUUUGCUAUGCAACCACUCCAGAUGGAUAUUCACCAGAGAAACCACUGCCGCAUGUAAUCAAAAUAGAGGAUGAUAAUGAUAACGCCCCAUUCUUUACACAGGACCUUUUUGAGUUUGUUGUUCCUGAACAUUGCAAUGCUGGUACAGUAGUUGGAAAAGUCAUUGCACAAGACAGAGAUGAACCAGGUACUCUGCACACUAAGCUGAGAUAUCGAAUUGUAUCAGAACAACCGCCAUUACCCCAAAUGUUUUCUGUUCACCAUGAAUCAGGUGUAAUUACCACACAAAAACAACAACUGGAUAGAGAGAUAAUAGGCAAACAUGUAUUGCUAAUUGAAGUACGAGAUAUGGACGGUCAGUCUUUCGGUUUGUGUAAUACGGGAACAGUUGUCAUUAACGUUGGAGAUAUAAAUGACAAUGCCCCAUAUUUUGGCCAUUCAUCUUAUGAAACAAAAGUACUGGAAAACCGAGUGAAUGUGGAAAUACUGAGAAUUCCUUGUUUGGACAAGGAUGAGCCUAACUCACCUGCCUGGAACUGUAGAUUCAGCAUUGUAAAAGGAAAUGAAGAUAAUCAUUUCGCUAUUACAACAGAUGGAAGAACAAAUGAAGGGGUAUUAUGUGUUGUUAAGGGAUUGGACUACGAAAUCACCAGUCUGAGGAUACUUGAGAUUGCUGCAUCUAAUGAGAUACCUUAUGCAGUAGUACCAUAUUCAAGUUCACUUUCCCAGAGCAGCUGUACUGUUAGAGUUACCGUACUAGAUGAUGAUGAGGGACCAGUAUUCAAACCUUGUUUGUUUCCUAUAACGAUUGACGGAUGCGCGACAGUUGGAACAGUGGUUGGCAAAUACCUAGCAGAGGAUCCAGAAACAGGAAAUAGUGAAGGCAUACGCUAUCGGAUAGCACCUGGCCAAAGCAACUGGAUCACCAUUGAUGAAAACUCAGGCGAGCUCAGAACUGCUAAACUUUUUGACAAAGAUAUGACAGGCAGGCAGUGCAAUAUUACAGUCUUUGCAGUAGACCAAAGUGGUAAAACAGGUACUGGAACAGUGUUGGCUACUGUAAGUGCUUGCGACAGAUAUUACCCCACCGUGACUCCAACAGAAUUUACAAUGUGCAGAGACCGAAAACCAGUUUAUAUUACUGCAGUCACUUCUAAUGAGUCUCCCUAUUCUGCACCUUUCAGAUUUGAUAUUUCUGACAGGAGUAUGGGUUCAGGAUGGCAAACAACACAACAAGAUGAUAGAUCUAUAUUACUUUCACCAAGGACUGAUAUUCCAUUUGGAAUAUAUAAAAUUCCUAUCACUGUGAGGGAUAAUGCCGGAAGACUAGGAACAAAUAUGGUUACAGUUAACUAUUGUGAUUGUACUACUCCAAGUGAUUGUGGUACUGUCCGACAAGUUUCACCAGCUGUUACUCUUGGUGUAUGGGCCAUCCUUGCAAUGAUUCUGGGAUCACUAUUACUGCUAUUAAUCCUGAUUACACUUUGUGGCUGUUAUGGCACGGGGGCAGUGAGUAAACAUGUGCCUGAUGAUUUAGCUAAUCAGAACUUAAUUAUAUCAAACACAGAAGCACCAGGAGAAGAAGUGAUGGAUCCACAUAUCAUUCCUCUACAAGCUGCAACUGUAACUUCUUGUGAUCAAGGGGUUGGCAUAGGCACAAUAGGACAUGAAGUAAAAACUGGGGGACAGAGUUUUGAAAUGUCCAAAGGAGGACAUCAGACCCUGGAAUCAGUCAGGGGAUAUGGACAGUCCACGAUGGAACAAGGCAGAUACUCAUACUCAGAAUGGCAGAAUUUCAUGCAUUCUCGUCUAGGUGAAAAGGUGUAUAUGUGCAGACAGGAUGAAGAAAAUAAGCAUUCUGAAGACUAUGUCCUUCCAUAUAACUAUGAAGGAAGAGGAUCAUUGGCUGGUUCUGUAGGCUGCUGCAGUGAUCAGCAAGAAGUGGAAGUGCUUGACUUUUUAGAUCAGCUGGAACCCAAGUUUAGGACAUUAGCAGAAACAUGUGUAAAGAGAUAAGUGUGCCUAUCAGAGUACUGAAAUCUGUAAAUAAAUGGUAUUGUCGUGCUUUUCAGAGGAUAGAUAUUUUUAAACUUGAAUGUAUUCUGUAUUUUUUUUUUCUUGCUACGGGAAGUGGUUUACAAAAUAUAUUUAGGGUUGUUAUAAGGAUGUAAAUCCUGCAUUAAUUCUGCAGUACAUAAUAAUUUUUGGCCUGUACUCAUUACCUAUGCUUUAAAGUUUAUAUCUUAGGUGUUUCUUUUAAAAUGAUGUGAAUACAAUAAUAUUGCAUUCUACUUAGCAUUAUAUUUUCUAUUGUGUUUACUUUUAAUACAAGACUUUAGUGUAUUCCUUAUUUUAAGUAUUCACCUUCAAAUUUUUCAUUUUAUUUGGCUUGAGAGGUGGAAAGCUUUAUUUCAUUCAUCUUUUCUCUUCAUAGGAAAAAAUAGUAUAUCAAAAUAACUUGUUUUAAUGUCUUACCUGUACAAAUUGAGAUCCAAGACUUUUUAAUUUUACAAGUAAAAUUUCAGACUAAGAUACUAGAGGAUUACAUUGGAAAAAACUUUGGAUGGAAAAGAAAAACAAAAAUGGAAAAACUAGUAUGUAGUGUAUAUAUGUAACAAUGUUCAAAAGUAUAUUUCCUCCUAUUGGACUAGUGCCCACCAAAUGUACUAUCCCAAGGGAUGUAAAUAAGUAUUGUAUGUAAGCACUUUAAGUAAUACACUUGGAGAACAUGAGUUCAGGAUAUAGGGAUAACUAUUGUAAUGCAAGUGCAGUACAAUAGACCCCAUAUCUUGAACUCGUGACCACCAGAAGUAUUACUUAUCGUGUUCUAGAUUAUAAUUUGUACCUCAGCUGUUUUGUGAGCUUUAGUUAACCACAUCAGAGAUGGGGAAUACUGCUAAAGUUUUAUACAAUAUGGCUACUCAUGCCUACUGUAAAAUUCAGGUUAGGUGUGUGUCGCUGGAGGUGGGAAAAGAGGACCCCAAGGCAAAGGAGGCAGUGACAACUUGAUUUAUAAUCAUAUUGUGGAAUCAUGUAUUUCUGUGAGCAGAAGUGACACAAAAUAUAGCAUAAAACUGGACACAGACAGCAUUGAUAAUUUUUUCUUGAAAAAAAUUCAAGUAUGAUUCCCACUGUUAUGGACAGUAAAUAUCCUACUAUUUAUUAAUAUGAGGAGUUGAAACUUACUCACAGGUACAAAUAUAGACAGAUCCCGAAGGAAAAUUAACUUUAAUUAUGCUUGGGCAAUAUAUUUGUUAACCUAUUACAAUACUUUAACACUGUACUGUAUAUAAGAUUGGUUUCAGAGUAGCAGCCGUGUUAGUCUGUAUCCGCAAAAAGAACAGGAGUACUUGUGGCACCUUA